UAUACUUUUAAUUAAAAAAAUUAAUUACCACAUUCCUAUAAAUGUGGAUGAAUUUGCUCCACUUUCAUAACCAACCUCAUUAGCUUCACAUUAAUAGUUCUCUUCAGUCUUCAAACACACAAUAUGGAAGGUUCAUACUCCCUCAUAAUAAUACUUCUCUUUACUUCCUCCAUCAAUUUUAUCUUAGCCUUUGAGAAAACAAAUGUUGAAUUCAUAAGAACAUCAUGUGGUUUGACAACUUAUCCAACAUUGUGCUUCAACUCACUGUCAACGCGAGCUGGUGCAAUCCAAACAAGCCCUAAGCUACUAGCCCAAACCGCUCUAUCUGUGACCCUUGACACCACCCGCACCACCUCUUCAUCCAUGGUUAAACUGUCAAAAGUGCACGGCAUGACGCCUCUAGAGGUUGCAGCCAUGAAAGACUGCAUUGAGUUGCUGAGUGACUCGGUUUAUGAAUUGAAAAAAUCACUUGACGAGAUGAUUCGACCAGGUUCCAAGGAUUCAAGACUAGUGAUGAGCGACAUACAAACAUGGGUCAGUUCGGCAAUGACGGAUGAGGACACGUGCACCGAAGGGUUCAAGAAUGACCCCAAAAUGAAAAGUGUUGUGAGAGGAAAGAUUGUGAAUGUGGCACGCUUAACUAGCAAUGCUUUGGCUUUGAUUAAUAGCUACGCUUCUAUGACUAUGAGCAGGUAGUUCAAGGAAAUUAGAUGCGUAGCAUGUAAUAUAAAAAUGCAUAAUUUUAUGUUGUUGUCUUUGUAUCUAUGUUUCUUCCAUCC